AACCCCCAACGAAGCUCCCUAAUCCCUAUUUUCUACGUUUAUAAAGUUCCCAUUUUCAUUUGUUUCCCCAAAUUCUCUCCUCUUCUCAGUCUAAUGAUUAUAUAGUUAGCUCGGAGUUGCUGUGAUUCCUUUCGUCUUCUCUCUCAAAAGAUCAAUCGAGUCGCGAAGGAGUUGUUUCGUAGGCAAAGUGUAAAGGACUAAGAAAUGGGUCAGAUCCAGUAUUCGGAGAAGUACUUCGAUGACACUUACGAGUACCGGCAUGUUGUGCUUCCACCAGAAGUGGCAAAACUGCUGCCAAAGAAUCGCCUCCUCUCUGAAAAUGAAUGGCGUGCAAUUGGGGUCCAGCAGAGCCGUGGAUGGGUACACUAUGCGAUUCAUCGCCCUGAGCCACACAUCAUGCUCUUCAGGAGGCCUCUCAACUAUCAGCAGCAGCAGGAGAACCAGACCCAGCAGAACGUGCUUGCUAAGUGAUUAUCGUUUCACGCAGUUUGCUUUUGAUCUCUCAAGUCAAAUGAAUGAAUGACUAAGGGAGAUGGUUUAUGUUUGCCUAAGAAAUACAUUUCGACGUUUAAACUAAGCUUUGUAUCUGUGUUAAUUCUCCGGUUUGGGGAAUUUUAUACUUGUCAUUGCCGCUACAUAGAUAUAUGUUAGUUUAGCUCUAGUGUACUAUUAUGUUGUGGGUUUUGUUUAAUGGUAGAUCUUGACUGAUAAUGUUCCUUA